UGGUAGGUCACCACAGAGUGAUACACGCUGCAUCUUUCUUGGUUAGUUCAGACUUAGGAGUUUAAUGAACGGUGUAGAUUAGGUCCCAGGUGGAGAUACUUCAUUUUUAUUUAUUUUGAGGUACUCAAGUGGUGAGGGAAGAAAUAAAUUGAAGUAGUACCUGAUGAACAGCAGCAGCUAAGGAAGAAUUGGUUCCUAAGGACAUCCUUGAACAUGUCGGCCCGCGAUUGGAAGGAGCUGCCGAACCGGUACAUGCUGCGGGAGCAAGAUCGCCAUGGUGGCAUUCCAGCCGUGGAGGAGAUGCCGGAGCCCCUCCCAUUGGUUGAUAUCAGUCGGCUGCCUGCCGCCGAUGAGGCUGCCAAGCUCCGGGUGGCACUUGAGAACUGGGGACUCUUCCUGGCAACAAAACACGGAAUUGAAACAUCGCUCCUGGACGCUCUCUUGGACGGCGGAAGGGACUUCUUUCAUCAGCUGCCGCAGAUGAAGCAAGAAUUUAUCAUGCAGACAGGCGGCAGCCAAGAUCAUCCCAUAGACUGGUCUGAGCGGGUGCGGUUAACGAUCGAGCCAGAGGAUGAGAGGGACAUGUCCCGUUGGCCCGAUUACCCACAUUAUUUCAGGGAUGUGAUGCAGGAGUACGUAUGUAAAUCAAAGAAGAUUAGAGACCAAGUCGUGCGAGCAAUCGCCAGGCUCCUGGAGCUAGAGGAGGACCAUUUCGUCAGCAUGUUCACGGACAGGGCCAUCACCUUCGCAGUGGUCAACUACUACCCGCCAUGCCCGGCGCCUGACGGUGUGUUCGGCUUCAGGCCUCAUUCCGAUGGCCGUGUGAUCACGAUUCUCCUCGCGGACAAGGCCAUCGGUGGCCUGCAAGUUUGCAAAGACGGCAGGUGGUACAAUGUUCCGACGAAACCUGGUUGUCUGCUCAUAUUCGUGGGAGACUCCCUGGAGAUAAUGAGCAACGGGGCUUUCAAAGCCGCCUUUCACAGGGUUGUCACGAAUCCUGUGAUAGAAAGGGUCUCUCUAGCUUUGUUCUUCGGCGUGGGGGCAGAUACAGUGCUUGAGCCAGCUCCUACCUUGCUAGACGACGCUCGGCCAGCAAAAUACAGGAAGAUGCGGGCCAAAGAGUACGCACAAGGGAUCCUUGAGCAUUUUAGACGAUUUGAGAGAAUGAUAGAAACCAUGAAGAUCUAAGUCUGUGAAGUGUUAUUGUAAAGAAAAGUAUGUGAAGUGUUUUUCAAUUUCAAACCCUGUUUUGCCAUGUACUCGG